UCCACAGACAUUGGGAGUGUCCGGACGGGAUUUGGUCUGAGGACAUUCUUUUAAGAAAUCCACCAAAGUGUGCCUGCGUAAAGGGGGCCUACCUAGUCUCAAAAUCCCUGUGCGACGAGGAGUUUGAAAUCCUGACGGGAGAUAAUCAUUGUUUCGAUGUGUCAAGGACUGGAGCACGAAAAUUUACCCCUCUCACUGGCCGAAGUGGACUGAAGGGCAAAGCAAACACCGUAUUUCGUCGCGAUGCCCCCUACGCGGCACGUCUUGUUUCGCCAACGCCAACCACCACAGUCAACGAACCAGUCAAUUACCUCUUCAGAUUAAAUGACCCCAACGAUUUUUCCGUCUACGCCACACUCCCGGACGGAUCUGGGGCAAGAUUGAGUUGUUUCAAAGGUCAGGCAAAUGGUUCCGAUCCAAUCAUGCAAAUCGCCGAAUUGCCCGAAUGUUCGAGUGACUUCCGCGGACCGAAAGAGUGGUGUGGCAAGGAAGGAAUGCCGUAUGGGAGUUAUGUGACGAGUAUCAAAGUGGGGUCAAAGUGGGGACCAAAAUCUUCGGGUUCUGGUACGAAAGACAGUUGUCCCGGCGCGUCCAAAAAGGGUCGAAGAAAAAAACGUGCCACUCCCAUCAAAAAGUCUACUUCUAGCUCUAUCUCGACAGGAAAUUGCCUCAAUUUUAACGAGUCCCUCAUCGAAUUACCCUCACAGCUCGGCACACCGGCUGUAGAAUAUUUCGUGGACAGAAAUGAAUAUCCAGUUCAUGAAUUUCAUACUGAUUCUCUACACCAGUCAGAAAUCAACGACCAAACACUCUCAGUUGUGAAGGACUUGGUGGAUAUGCACCUGGGGGCUAAAGAGGCGAAAACCAGUGUCAAAGUCAGGAUUCAAAAUCCCAGCGAAAUCCCAGCCUUCAAAUUUAUUCAACUCGCACGAGUCAUCAUGGAACGCGUCUGCCCCCAGGAAUACAUUCCUUCCUUCGUUUUAUCCUUCAUAACCCGUUUCUUUCGCCUCAUUCAUCUCGACACGGUGCAGAAACAUCCGUACCCCGAGCAUCUUGAGAGUGAAGGGGUCACCAACACGAAAAUCUUGGAGGCACUGACCUCCUGUCGUGACAAUAUUCCGGAUAAUAUCACUUCUUUCCUACCCAACGAGACAUGCCCAGGUGCCGGAUACACCGGAGCGAGUCUGACCGGAGGACAGAUUUACCUCCUGGGGACGAAUUGGUCCGCAAUGCCGGAAAAUAUCCGAUUCGACCCGUCCUCAAUGGAUAUGAGUUUGGAAACGGUGUACAAAAUGAUGAUGUUGGUCCAUUAUUAUUGCACCCCUAACUUUACGAGCCCCCUUUACCAUUCUGAGUUUGCUGUAAAGUAUGAAGGCUUCUUCAACAAUCCGACCCUGCUUUAUAGAUGGUAUCAUCCGGGACCGUCCAACACCGUUUUGAGAAUGAUUCUUUCUGCCUUUAAGCUGCGAAAUUUUGCAGCCUCAAUAGAUCGUUGUGUGGCGACAGCAAACGCCAUGUCGGCGUAUAAAGGAUGGCUUCGUCGACCCUCGGACGCCCUCAAGUGGAAGCCUCGCUACACACCCGUGGAUGAGGGUUUACCUACAAUGGAGGCUAACACGGUCCACAGAAGAAGGAAACGGUACUACUUCCAGAACAAUAUUUGGGACGAGAAAGCUUACUGUUUGAAAAAUAGUAAAGAUAUUACAUCAGAAGUUAGGAGUUCUUCCGCUAUCGGGUGUAGGAAUAGGCCGGCAUGGUUUCAAAAUACGGAUUAGAACAGUGAUAAAUAAGAAUUAAUAAAAAUUGUUGCAACUAAAACUACCUGAGUCUUGUUAACUUCAGUUUUAAAAUUGUAUGCAAGCAAUGUAAUUUGCAUGAGAAA